AUGGCUUCUUGGGAUGAGUAUCUCCAGAAUCAGGAGAAUGUGGAUGGAGUUCGCUUCACGUGGAAUAUGUUACCACACUCGAAGGUCGACUCUCAGAAGUUGGUCGUGCCUCCAGGAGUCUUCUUUGCUCCGCUGAAGGUAAAUUUUUUAUUUUUUCUUGAUUUUAGAUAAAACUACAGCAAUUGAAGUUUAUGAGGUUCUAAAAGACGUUUUACAAGAAUAUACAUUUGUUUGACAUGCAUAACAUUAUAAAUCUUGAGUUUUUUGAUGAUUCAUGCUAUUUUUGAUUUUAAAAUGUAAAUGGAUGUAAAAGAAGAGAUGUUUAGCAUGCUUUUAAAAAGUUAUGUGAGGUUUUAAACUUUAAUUUUGUUUAGGAAAGACCAGCCGAACUUCCACCUCUACCUCCUCUAGAAUAUGAUCCCGUGUUGUGUCAAAAGCCACAAUGUAAAGCUGUGUUGAAUCCUCUAUGGUACGCUGACAGUCAGAUAUACUUCUUUCUUAUUUUUUACAGUUAUAGUGAGAAGCUUUACAUUUUCAACGCUUGAAAAACUUGGAUUUAGCUAGUUUUGUAUGUUAAUAUAGGGACUUUUAUUUUUUUUUAAUCUUUAUGGCUUUACUUUGGACUUAAACUUUUGUAACAACUUUAUUAGCAUAUUAUUUAGAUAAAUUAGGUUAGUUGAUUAUUUUGUUGCAAAGCUAUGUUGAUAUCAACUAAAUUUAACUGAAAAAUGUAUUACAAUAUAGCCUAAACACAUAUUUUUACGUAAAAUAAUUUUGUUACUUUUAGUAUUGUUGAUUACCGAACGAAAGCAUGGACAUGUGCGAUUUGCCAUAACAGAAAUGCAUUUCCACCACAUUAUGCUGGUAUUUCCGAGACCAGUCAGCCUCCAGAUCUAAACCCAGCUUUGACCACUAUCGAGUACACUUUGAGAGCAAGUUUUUUUAUUAGUUUGUUUGGUUUUAGGUAAAAUACGUGUAUAAAACCAUUGUUGAUGUAAUGCUGUGUAACGAAAGUUUCUUACAUUUUAGAAGGCCACGACGCUUCAGCCAAUCUUUUUGUUUGUUGUGGACACUUGUGUUGGAGAAAAAGAGCUCAAAUCCUUGAAAGAUUCGAUUCAGAAGGAGUUGGCUACCCUUCCAGCUGAUUGUUUUGUUGGCUUAAUCACUUUUGGUCGUACGGUUGAAUUACGGGAAUUGGAUGCUAAGAAUUUGGGUCGAUCUUACGUCUUUUCGGUAGGUUUACAUAUUUUUUGGGUAAAUUUUCUUUUUUGAAAUGAAAUUGUGAAGAAACGUCUUGAGGGGAAAAGAGAAGGUCAGACCAUGUGAUAUUUGAAGGAGGGAGAGGGGUAUUUUUUGUAGAUUCUUUGGAAAAUUUUAGAAAUUUUGGAAAAAAAAUUUGAGAUUCAUACCUAAAAUAUAACCUUCAGCUUUCUACAACACGAUUACAUACUAUUUUGCAAAACUGCGUGGUUAGCUCUAAAUUUAUAGUCUCCAAAACGUAGAUUAAUUUAAUUUGUAGGGCUGGUUAGUUUGA